UGAACGGCAGUGGGCUAACCAAGUUUAUCUUUAGAAAGACAUUUGUUCAUUUUAAACGUAAAAACACAUCGCGGUUGGUAAGUGUUGCCCGUCUACAGAAGAUGGUCUUAGCUGAUGAGGAGAGGUUUCUGGGAGCAGACCAAGUGUGUUCUAAACAUUUGUCAUCCAGCGGUGACACUCACGGAAAUUAUCACCCAGUCAGGGAUUCUUAAUUAAUUUAUGCAUGCUGAGUGUGUUCGAAAUCAGUGCUAUUUUAAGUGGGAAAAUGUUAUCUAGAAUGACGAAUCGACCACUGAGCGUCCUGACUGGUUAGUGUGUUCCCUCAAAACUCCUGUCUGUGUUAACCGCAACGUGUAGAGAUGUUGCAUACGGUAUAAUUAGACCCGUAUCAUUACUAUAUUGUAAUCUGUUCCCAAACGGCGCUCUGUUUGGGUGAAAUGGCGUGUAGCGCUCAUUGUGUGCCUAACACAGCAUAAACACGAUACUAAAUAGGAUCACAUUUGUCACGGCUAAAUAGUUUCUCAACAACUCUAAGAUUAGUUUUUACAAUUAAUCGGUCAAACGGGAAGGCUUCAUUCUUCUCAGACAUGGAUACUAUGGCGGAGAAUAGCACCAGAAACGCAGACGUCAAAAACAGUGUCAGUACGAAAACCGAGAAGUUUUUAUCACAGCUCAAUAAAGGUUUUCGUAAAUCGAAAGCUCAGCAAAUUUUACGUCUGCUGAAGGACCAGGAAGAGCUGAAUCAUCGGUUUCGAGAGUGUGCCUUGGUAGAGGAAGAGGACUCGGGGACAGUCACAGAUGACGAUAACUGGAGCAUUGCCGGAAGUGACGUCUCUACUCAAGAAACUGAGAAGAAACUGUCUCAGCGCCUGAAUUUUCGGAAACAGCGGGGUGGGCGGUCUAAGACGUCCAUGGGUUUCUACAACGACGUGGACCACGACGACCUGUCAGACGACUCGACCUCUCAGACGAGUGUAUACAAGGACAGUCAGUACGUCUGCACGUCACGUGACUCUCAGCUGGCCUCGUCCGUCUCGAGACGGAGCGUGUCGUUCAGAGGAACUCAGCUGGGCGACUCGGACCUCAUGGAGUUCCAGGGUGUGCGCUCGGCCAGCUCGUCCAGACCCAAGUCCAGCAUGUCGAGUCUAUCCACGCGUAACAAGCGAGGUCAGCUCCUGCUGGACAGCGGCUCGUUCGGCGUGCCCCGGUCACCGCGCGUGUACGACGACGAGCUCAACAAACAGAGACUGAGGAUCACGUCUGUGAAGGGAGACCCGCUCUUUAGGAGGACCGGCGUGUACGGUGUCGACUCAGCGGACUUCACGGAUUGUGGCAGGAAGGAAAGUUCUCGCUUAGCGUACGCCAUCGUUUCAAAUCACGCGGAUUCCUCGAUUCACAAACGCUCAAGUGAAGUACCUGUGUCAGAAAAACCUUACGGCUAUAUCGCCGAACCCUGGAAAGCUGAUUCUGGGAGCAAGGUGAGCAGGACAACCUCGUUUAACGAAAGAGGCAAGUACGGCACGAGGACCUCCAGUAAGCUGCUACAGUCGCCCAGAGCGGUUCUAUCGGUGGACAACCACCCUCUGCACGCCCAGCACGACCACCAGGCGCUGUCGAGGGUGGUGCGCCCCAUGCCGCCCACCCGGCCUAGGAAGAAGAAACAGAUCGGCGAGCUGCUGCGAUCCUCAGGACAGACGUCGCUCAACACGAUCAACGAGAGGUCGCACCCCGUGGCAGUGAUGAAACUUCCUCCCCUAGAAACUGUCAAAAAGACCCUUCCAGACAGAGACCUUGUAUGUGUGUGCAAGGAGGCGUGCGUAUGACGUCAUAACGUGUAGUUGUCAGUUACAGGAGGUGUGUGUGUGAUGUAAUGCCAGGUGUCUGUGACGUAACACCAGAAUGUGUGUAUGUGUAAUAGAGACGUAACAAAGAAACGGCUGUGAAGUAAUACUAACAUGUAGGUUGUAUGACAUAACACCAAGAGGUGUUAAAAUCUGUACAUAGUUAUAAAGUGCCGGAUCCAGUCAGUUAACAUAUUAUUAAAUUUGAUGUACAGAAUCUCACUUAUAUUUUGAUUGAUAUAUGUAUGUAUGUAUGUAUGUAUGUAUGUAUGUAUGUAUGUAUGUGUGUGUGUGUGUGUAUAUUUAUAUAUAUUUAGUAAAGUGUCCCUUUAAAUGUUGGAGCUCUAGAAAUAGAAAAUAAUUUUGACAGACACUCUGGUGAUGGGCAAGAGUUCAGACUUUAUUUUUAAACUGCUGGAUCCAACACUCAUGACAAUACCUCAAUCAUCUUUGAGCUGUGUUAUCGUGUCUGGAUUCUGACUAUUGGGUUACAGGACAUCAUCAUAACACAAAACGUGCAAUGAUAAGAAGUGCAUGAAUAAUUAAUUAACUUUACGUUGGUUAGGAUUAUUUAUUUAUAUAUUUUUGAAAAUGAACUGGAUCAUUGUUGAGUUUUGUUUUUAAUGAUGCUGUAUUUUAUAGUUUAGGCCAUCCUUACAAAACCUGGUUUGCAAUAACCCGAGUCUCUAAUUUAGAUAACGAGUUAUUUUGUUUUUAGUAAUGACAACGUAAUUUUCAUUUCUUUUAAUAGUAAGUCGUUAUUUUGUUAUUUUGUUUUAUUUUAAUAGUAAUUCGCCAUUUUCUUUUAUUUUAGUAGUGA